UUUGUGCAAGAUAUGAAGUGCUUUAUAAUUCUAAAAGAUCAUUAUUAUUGAACAACAGUCAAGCCAUGGUCAUCUGAACUGACCUUCAAGGAGAUUCUAUUAUCUGUAUUUUUAUUUCAGCAGUGACGUUGGCUUCAUGGCAGAGAAUGGCACGAGAGUGGUGGAAUUUGUUCUGAUGGGGUUCCAGAUCCAGGGAGCACAGUGGCUGAGUCUCUUCGUGGUGUUUCUGGUCUUCUACCUCUUUACCCUUGGGGGCAACCUGGGCAUGAUCACACUAAUCCAGAGUGACCCCCGGCUGCAGACACCCAUGUACUUCUUCCUUGGCCACCUCUCCUUGCUGGACAUUUGCUACUCAUCUGUUAUUGUCCCUCAGUUGCUUGAGACGUUGGGGACCGAUAAGAUGGUCAUCACCUACGAGCGCUGUGCCACGCAGUUCUUUUUUUUCACACUCUAUGCGAGCACUGAGUGUUUUCUCCUGGCAGUGAUGGCCUAUGACCGCUACAUGGCUGUGUGUAACGCCCUCCUCUAUGCCACAGCUAUGACACCACAGACCCGCCUGGGGCUGGUGGCUGGGGCAUACGGUGGUGCCAUGGUGAAUGCUGUGGUCCGCACUGGGUGCACCUUCUCCAUGUCCUUCUGUAGGUCCAACCACAUUGACUUCUUCUUUUGUGACCUCCCACCCCUGCUGAAACUUGCCUGCAGUGACACGCGAUCACGGGAGCAGGUGAGCUUCCUCUUAGCUUUCUUGGUAAUCACAACCAGCAUCUCAGUGAUUCUUAUAUCCUAUCUCUUCAUCAUUCGAGCUACUCUGAAGAUUCGUACAGCAGGUGGCAAAGCCAAGACCUUUUCUACCUGUGCUUCCCACAUGACUGCAGUGGCUCUUUUCUUUGGGACACUCAUAUUUAUGUACCUGAAAGGGAACAUGGGAAAAUCCCUCUGGGAAGACAAGAUUGUGUCAGUAUUUUACACCAUGGUCAUCCCCAUGCUGAACCCAGUGAUCUACAGCCUGAGGAACAAGGACGUGAAGGAAGCUUUGAAGAAAGUUCUCAGAAGAAUGAAGGUUUCCUAAGCAGAGUAAGACUGAGAUCCAUUAGUCCAGAAGUCCCUGCGGGUCAUCCUUCUGGCUUUUGUCUUGUCUCUUUACCACAUGAGCCAGAUAUCACAAUGACAAAGCUAUACUGAGGCAGAAAACGUAAUUUGUAUUCUAGAAUUUUAUUAGCUCUAUGACUCUUGACCCAGAAAUACUCUUCCUCAGUUUUCUCAUCAGAAAAAAAAUCUGUCUCAGGAUGGUUAAACGUCAAGAGCUCUUUAGCUAGGAUCAAGAGAGAUGGA